AUGAAUAUGGUGGAAGGCAAAAGGUUAGCAUUACUUGCAUGUGGAUCGUUUAAUCCACCAACAAUCAUGCACUUACGUAUGUUUGAAUGUGCUCGUGAUUAUAUGGAACAUACACACGGAUAUAAAGUUGUUGAAGGUAUUAUCAGUCCUGUUGGUGAUUCAUAUAAAAAGUUGGAUUUGGUUCCUGCUAAACAUAGAUUACAAAUGGCCGAAUUAUCCGUUUUUAAUUCUAAAUGGAUUCGAGUUGAUCCGUGGGAAUGUUCACAGGGUCACUGGAUGCGUACACUGUUAGUUUUGAGACAUUUCAAGGAACUUUUGGAGGUUAAAUAUUGUCGGAAAGACCUUCCUCGUUUGAUGUUAUUGUGCGGUGGAGAUUUCGUUGAUUCGUUUCCACAGUUGACGAGUAACGGUGCACGUUUGUGGGAACCAAAUGAUUUAAUCGAAAUUGUUCGCGAUUUCGGUUUGGUUGUGCUGAAACGUCAAGGUUCUGACCCCAAACAGACUCUAAAAAAUUUGAAUUUUCUUGAUAACUUUCUGUCCAAUGUAUUUCUUUUCGAAGAUGAUAUAAUGCCUAAUGAUAUUAGUUCUACACGUCUACGUGCAGCAGUAAGUCGUGGUCAGUCAAUAAAAUAUUGCACAGGCGAUUCAGUUGUGGAAUAUAUUCGUUUAAAUGGUCUUUAUCGAUGA